AUGACAACCCCGCGAGCUGCCAGUGCUGUACAGUCGCUCUUCUCAAUGGCUUCCUCUCGCCCGCGCCGGUUUGCCCCGCUUGAUCCCGGCCAGCAGUCAGAUGCACCGCUCUUGAAGGGCAUCGUAUUUGAUGUAGAUGGGACCCUAUGCUUACCGCAACAUCAUAUGUUCAAGGAGAUGAGGGAUGCCCUCGGAAUCGAUAGCAAGACUGACAUCUUGCAUCAUAUACGGAGUCUCCCCAGCGAUACAGAGCGCGCCGUGGCCACGGAAAAGGUGCGGGCUGUAGAGCGCCGCGCCAUGGUCGAGCAGGAGCCGCAGCCCGGAUUGACACGGCUGAUGGACUACUUGCAAUCACGGGGCCUGCGGAGGGCUCUCUGCACGCGAAAUUUCGAAGCACCGGUGCAAUAUCUCAUCCAGAAUCAUUUGCCAACACAUGUCUUCCUCCCUAUAAUUACACGAGAUACUCCCAACGUGAUUCCCAAGCCGGAUCCAGCGGGCAUUCUGCAUAUCGCGCAGGAAUGGGGUCUGACGAAUCGUGCUGAAAAUCUCAUUAUGGUCGGUGAUAGCAUUGAUGACAUGACGUCUGGGCAUGCUGCUGGCGCGGCGACUGUGCUUCUUCUCAACGAACGCAAUAUGCAUCUCAAAGAGCACGCCCAUACUGAUGUAUGUAUCAGCCGACUUGACGAACUAAUCGAUAUCCUCGAGCGGGGAUUUGUUGCCCAGAAAUGA